AAGAGAUUCCACCCAAACUUACCUCCCGACUACAGCACGGGCAUCCGAUAAACACACACACACGGAAAGAGAGAGAGAGAGUCACACACUUGAGCAAGGGAGAGGGUCAAGACAGUCCAAACCGAGCGCUUCACUUCAUUACGCACAGAGAAAUCACGCAGAACACAAUCCACGCCCGCGAUACCGAGCACACAUCAAGAGCUGUGAAGGGACGGGAUUUAAGGAAUUACGCGUCACGUUGGAGAAUCGAUCGGGUCUAAAGUGAGUUUGUGUGGAUUUGGUGCGUCUGGAGAGCUGUGAGGAUGCGCGUCUCGGUCCUGCUGCUGCUCUGCGCUCUUUACGCAGGAGACGCGCACAAACUCUCCGCGCUUACGUUUCUGCAUGUGGAGCAAGAUAAAGAAUGCAAUAUGGAUUGUUCCGGAGCUCCUCGCAAGCCUCUGUGUGCAUCAGACGGACGGACCUUCAGUUCCCGCUGCGAGUUUCUCCGUGCAAAGUGCCGUGACCCUCAGCUGGAAGUCAUACGAGGGUCAUGCAAAGAUACGUCCAGGUGUGUAGCAGAGAAGAAAUACACAGAACAGCAAGCCAAGAAACUCUUUCCACAGGUGUUCGUUCCUGUCUGCAAUCCUGACGGAACCUACAGCGAGGUUCAGUGCCACAGCUACACUGGUUAUUGUUGGUGUGUGACACCCAGUGGCAGACCCAUCAGCGGCUCAGCAGUAGCCAAUAAGAAACCUCAAUGCCAAGGGUCCAAGAAGGACAAAGUGAAUCCGAAGGAACCAGGAAAAUCAGAUCCGCCAACGUUUUUCGCAGUGGAAACCCAGCCGUCCGCUGAUGAGGAAGACAUCAUCUCUCAGUACCCCACACUCUGGACAGAACAGGUCCGCAGCCGACAAAACAGGACAAGAACACAAUCGACCUCGUGUGAUCAGGAGCAGCUGUCAGCACAGGAAGAAGCACGACAACAUAAAAACGAAGCAGUUUUUGUGCCAGAAUGUGCUCACGGUGGCCUCUACAAACCCGUUCAGUGCCAUCCCUCCACCGGGUACUGCUGGUGUGUCCUGGUGGACACUGGACGACCCAUACCUGGAACAUCCACAAGGAGACGUUACUUUUUGGAGCUUGACAGCUCCUGGUCACUGUCUCCUUUCAUUUAUUUCACUCCUUUCCUCUGCCUCACUUUACCUCAGCGACCUCGUGUGAUCAGGAGCAGCUGUCAGCACAGGAAGAAGCACGACAACAUAAAAACGAAGCAGUUUUUGUGCCAGAAUGUGCUCACGGUGGCCUCUACAAACCCGUUCAGUGCCAUCCCUCCACCGGGUACUGCUGGUGUGUCCUGGUGGACACUGGACGACCCAUACCUGGAACAUCCACAAGGAUGUCCUGGGGAGAAGAAGACAGAAUUCCUGACCAGCGUGUUGGACGCGUUGUCCACAGACAUGGUCCAUGCAGUAACUGACCCGGCCUCUGCCGGCAGGAUGCUGGAGCCUGACCCCAGUCAUACUCUGGAAGAGCGAGUUGUGCACUGGUAUUUCAGUCAGCUUGACAAGAAUUCCAGCGGCGACAUCGGAAAGAAAGAAAUUAAACCGUUCAAGCGCUUACUGCGCAAGAAAUCCAAACCCAAGAAGUGUGUGAAGAAGUUUGUGGAGUACUGCGACAUCAGCAACGAUAAAGCCCUGUCUCUACAGGAACUGAUGGGCUGUCUGGGUGUCACUAAGGAAGAGGGGGCAAAAACAGGUGAAGGCACAACAGCUAGUAAACUGAACCUGUCAAAGAAGCAAGGCUGAAGUGGUCGCAGCGAUUGUUCCCGCGGUCCCGUCCUGCAGAUGCUGCCCCCACCAAAACGACGAUGGAAACCAUAGUCUUUGCACUUUGUACUUUAAAACAAUGUAAAUUCACUUUGUAGAAAAAUAAGGUAUUUAAACAGACUGCUGAAUAUGUGAAUGAUGUAGUUAGCAUUUUUACGUCCUUACAACAAACAACAAAAAGAAUAAUAAUAAUGUAACACAUACAAUGUAUGUGUCCUUUGUGAGUCUAAAAUAAGUAUACUUUUCUAAGUUGUACAAGUUGUAUUACAUGUUGCAUUUGUCAAGACCAGCUUUGUUGUUACGUAUUUUGUUUGUCUUUUCUUUGGCUAAUUUCUGGGUAGCUUGUAAUGUAUCUAAACUGAGUUUUUUUAGACGCCUCGAUUUAGUUUUUAUACCAAAUCCCAACUACUGCCUGAGCUUGGAAUUAUUACUGAUUGUAGUCCUGUACCACACGUGAGAUCAUUUUGUUGAAAGUGC